AUGAUCGCGCUCGGCCUAGAAGGCUCCGCCAAUAAACUGGGCGUGGGAAUAAUCCUGCAUUCCAAGGACAAGAGGCAGCCGGUGCAGAUCCUGUCGAACAUUCGACAUACCUAUCAUGCUCCUCCCGGCGCGGGUUUCCUGCCCAAGGACACGGCCUUGCACCAUCGCAGUCACGUCGUGGCCCUGGUCUCCAGCGCCCUCCGUGAGGCGAACCUCACCCCCGCCAACAUCGACUGUAUAUGCUACACCAAAGGGCCCGGCAUGGGUGCGCCGUUGCAAUCCGUGGCCCUGGCCGCGCGCAUGUUAUCUCUCCUCUGGGGAAAACCUCUGGUAGGUGUGAACCACUGCAUUGGACACAUAGAGAUGGGCCGAUCUAUCACGGGCGCCACGAACCCGGUCGUCCUCUACGUCUCCGGCGGAAACACCCAGGUGAUAGCAUACACGUCGAAUCGGUACCGCAUAUUUGGCGAAACGCUCGACAUCGCGGUGGGAAAUUGUCUGGACCGGUUCGCACGCACGUUAAACAUCCCCAACGAUCCGGCGCCCGGGUACAACAUUGAGCAACUCGCCAAGUCUGGCAACAUCCUGGUCGACUUGCCCUACGCGGUCAAGGGGAUGGACUGUUCGUUCUCCGGCAUCCUAGCACGUGUCGACGAGUUAGCCACCCAGGUGAAGAACGGCACGUUGAAGGACCCAAAUAUUGGGAACACAGUCUCACCAGAGGAUCUCUGCUUCUCGCUCCAGGAGACCGUCUUUGCGAUGCUCGUCGAAAUCACCGAACGUGCCAUGGCACACGUCGGUUCAAACCAGGUCCUGAUAGUUGGGGGAGUCGGAUGCAAUGAGCGCCUGCAGGAAAUGAUGGGCACCAUGGCGAGGAGCAGGGGCGGCGACGUAUAUGCGACGGAUGAGAGAUUCUGUAUCGACAACGGGAUUAUGAUUGCGCAUGCGGGAUUACUCGCAUAUCAGACCGGUUUCACGACGACGCUCGAGGAUAGUACCUGCACGCAACGAUUCCGAACCGAUGAUGUGUUUGUUGCAUGGAGGGAUGAAUAA